GAGUGAGCAGCUCGAUAAAUCUUCACAUACGCUCCCGACGAUGGCGAACAUUAGUUUCAAACAUUUUACAACUCUCUCCCUCGUCGUUACGAUUAUUUAUCUGUGCAAAGUUCACAGCAAGGAUGCGACUGCUAUUCGUUGGAAUCGACAGUGUCCAACUUGCGGUGGCGGUGCUGAGGAAUUGCUAACUUCACCAUGGUACGGAGCUCCUCGGAGGAGAGUAAAACUUUACUCCGCUUCGAGAAACUACCGGGAUACGAAGAGUCGAGAACCGAGGGAAGCGCUUUCGGGUUCGGGGCCCGAAGAGGAAAAGAAGAAAACGGCGAACGGCAAGAUCGAGCUUUCCGAAGGAAUUUUCGGGCUCGGAAAUGUCAAUGAGGGAAAGCAUCACGAGCGGAAGGAGCGGAGCAGCAGCACGCAGGAGUUUGAGUUCGAAGGUAAAAAGUAUGCGUUAGUUCUGAGCAACGGUCACUCGAGUAUAGAGGAAGUGGAGCCUGAAGCAUCUUCGUCGUCGAUGGAGUCGAUGAUCAGCAUCAGUCCCAGCAGUAUAGAGCGUUUGUUCUCGAUUUACAACUCGGUUCAAAAAUACGUGAGCAUGAUGGAUCCAAAAAAAACGGUUUACGAGAAUUUCGAACAGGUGGCUGUCAAUAUUUUGCGAACAAUGAUACACCAACAGUUCCCACAGCUCUUUGAAAAUCGUGGCCCCGAGCAGGGGCAGAGGACGGACAACUGGGGUUAUGGGAAUAACGAGGAAUAUAAUUCCGGAGGAGGAUAUGCGGAUAGGACGUUGUUCACCAGGUCAGGAAGGUCAGGACAGGAGGGUUUUCCCUUUUCGGCCAUUGGCAAAGAAAUCCUGGAAGAAUUUGUAACUCGGAAAAGCGAGGAUUUGCAAUCCGUCAAGGGCUCGCAAUUCAGUGGAGCGCCGAGAUUAAGCGGGGCUGAGAGCAUCGCCGUGCCUCGUUACGAAAUUCCUCCCGUAGUGAUGACGAACCUUUAUUCGGAUUUCAGAAAUGGAGAAAGACCCGCUCCGCGUUCCCAGCCGACCGUUCAACCAACCGAUCAACCCACUCCUGCUAAAAUAAUAAAAAACAUCGAACAAGAAUCGACGGUAUUUAGAAACAACGGUAUCAAGCUGGACGAGCUGAUGGAUUGUUAUUUCACACCAGCCUCGGUAGCUCCGAUCAGAGACAUGGGUGACGCCGAUGCCAAUCGCGAUCUGUACAAUCAACGGCGCGUGUUCCAACGCCCGAACCAGGUUCCUACGUGGACGUACAAGCGCGAGAUCGAGCUGAACGAUCAAACUCCCGCAACGCUCGAUAUGAGCCUCGGCGAACCGUUUGACUCCGAUAAAAACGGCGGUCCCGCCGUGAGGCUCGCGAGGUCCGAGCGUCCGCCGGAAACCGUAGAAACUUUCGACCAGCCGAAAGAAGCUGCGGACUUGAGCAGAUCCAGCGAGUCGAAAAACUCGGAAAAUGGUGCAAUCACCGACGAGUCCUCCUCCGGAACCCUCGUAAAUUCCGACAAUCCGGCGAAUGUCAGCAAGUCUGACGAAUUAAUCAGGGCAAGUGUCGACGAAAUUUUGAGUGAACUAUUCAAACCAGAAGAGCGACAAAUGUCGUCUGCUGAGACAGCGGAUACGUCAUCGAUUCUCUUGGACAAGCUGAGAAAUCUCGAACAAGUUAUUGCUCGACGAAACGAAACUUCUGUUCCCAGUCACAUCGAAAAAGUACCCACGAUUGGCAGCGCAUAAUCCGAAAUAAAGAAGCCUCCGUCGCCCCUUUUCCCAAA